AUGCACUUCUCGAAGACCCUUGCCUCGGCGGCGCUGCUCGCCCUGCCCGCCUAUGCAGCCUUCCCUGUGGUCAGCAUUGAUUUCCAAUCCUGGGAGUCCUGCCCCGUUGGCGCUCCGGCCCACGGCGAGCCCAAGACCGAGGACUCCGUCACGACGACUCCAGUGACUUGCGAGUCGACUGAGGUCAACCGCGACUGGGACAUCGACCACUACUCCUUCAAGGCGUACCUCGACACUAAGGACUCCCUGCUGUGCGCCGGAGUGAGCGUCUGGAACAACGAGGAGUGCUCUGGCCAGCCCGCGUACUUCCUGCCCUUCAACGGCGAGCCCGUGGUGCAGGGCCCGUGCCUGCCGGACUUCCUUGACCCCGGCUACGUCUCGUUCAAGCUCGAGUGCUUCGGCUUCCCGAGCGGUCCUGGCGGUCCUGGUGGCCCUGGCGGCCCUGGUGGCUCUAGUGGCCCUGAUGGCCCUGGUGGCUCUAGUGGCUCUAGUGGCCCUGGCGGCCCUGGUGGUCUACAUGGUCCGGAAGAGCAGGAUGGCCCCGAUGGCACCGAUGGCCCCGAUGGUUCUGAGGGCUUCUAG